UGGCAGCAGCGCUUCAGAGCGCCACGUGUCCCAAACUACAAUAACGACUUCCACCGGAUGACGAGAUUCCGACUACUAUAAAUGGCUAAUUAUUGAGCCUCGCACAAUCAAUCGAAAAUGUCGUACUUCCCAAAAGGCCACCAUGACACCGGCGAUGAGGUCGAUGACUUCGACGAGUACGAUCCCACCCCCUACGGCGGCGGCUACAACAUCGAAUUGACCUAUGGCCGCCCCCUCCCCCCCUCCGAGGAGACCUGCUACGCCAACACCUCCUCCGCCUCCGACGACUUCGACUACGAUCGCCCCCAGUACACCUCCUCCGCCGAGCCCUCCGCUUAUGGUGAGGACGCCCUUGACAACGAGUACAAGAGCUACGCCCGCCCCAAGCCCCGCCCCGGAGCCAAUCGCCCCACCGAGUACGGAUCGGGCGGCGGGAGACCCGAUUACGGUAGAUCGGAGUCUGAAUAUGGAUCCGGCGGCGGCGGCGGCGGCGGAGGUUAUGGUAGGAAGCCUGAGUAUGGAGAGCAAGGAUCUGAAUACGGAUCUGGCGGCGGUGGUGGAGGUUAUGGCAGGAAGCCCCAAUACGGGGACGAAGGAUCCGAAUACGGAUCCGGAGGCGGCGGCGGAGGGUAUGGUAGGAAGCCCCAAUACGGUGAGGAAGGAUCCGAAUACGGAUCCGGAGGCGGCGGCGGGGGGUAUGGUAGAAAGCCCCAAUACGGGGAGCAAGGAUCCGAAUAUGGAUCCGGAGAUGGCGGCGGGUAUGGGAGGAGGCCUGAAUCUGAAUCUGAGUAUGGAUCGGGCGGCGGUUAUAGGAGGAAGCAGGAAUCUGAAUCGGAGUAUGGAUCGGGCGGUGGUUAUGGGAGGAGGCCGGAGUCUGAAUCGGAGUAUGGAUCGGGUGGGUAUGGGAGGAGGAGUGAGGAGGAGAGUGGUGGAGGGUAUGGGCGGAGGCCGGAGAGGAGUGAGUAUCAGAGUGAGGGGUAUGAAAGGCCUAGCUAUGGGAGGUCUGAGGAAGAGGAUUACAGGAAGCCUAGCUACGACAGGGACGAUGAUGAAGGCGGUCGCAAGAAAUAUGGAGAUGAUGAUGAGUCUGAGGGUGAGGAUAAACGUCGCAGGCAGCACCACCGCAGGCAGUAUGAUGACUGAUGAUGUUGCUGUUGCCAUUUCUGCUUCCUGCUGCUCUGCUAAAUAAAAGACUUGUGUGUUUCUUCUUUACUUUGCUGAUUGUGUUGUGAUGCAUAUUGAGCUCUAUGUAGCCGUAUGCUUGAAAUAAAGAGACAACCUAUGCUGCCAAAUAUAGGCCUAAUGACUCUUUGUGGUUUUGUUUAUAUGAAUUCUCCUCUUUUUUGUGGGGACUUAUAUGAUUACUCAUUUUUCCCUCUUA